AUGAAUCCGAUUUGUAGAUCAUCCCUCUUGCGAUUAUCUUUACACCGUCUUCACUCACCUCUCCGGCAAUCUUCUCCUAGCUUCAAUUUCUCCAGAAGGUGGCAUUUUGGGCACACUCAUCCCCCUGGAUCUGAUCAAAGGCCCAGUGGUGCCGAAGAAGGGGAGAGGAUAUUCCGGCUUGGUCUCACCGCUGAUAUCGGUUUAUCUGUAGGCAAAGCUCUCACCGGUUAUCUCUGCGGCAGCACGGCGAUCAUCGCGGACGCUGCUCACUCCGUUUCCGAUGUGGUUCUAAGUGGUGUUGCUUUGUUAUCUUACAGAGCUGCCAAUGUUCCCAAAGACAAAGAACAUCCAUAUGGUUGGUUUCCUUACCUUCCUCUUUACUUCUUUACUGUUUUACCGGUUUUCAUGUUUUUUUGGGGUUUUGCUUUUCCUUCAGGUCAUGGUAAAUUUGAAACUCUUGGAGCCCUUGGAAUCUCUACCAUGCUUUUGGCUACUGGCUGUGGCAUUGCCUGGCAUGCCUUUGACCUCUUACUUAGUGCACUGUCCGCAGCCCCUGAGGGUAUACAUGGAAAUCAUACUCAUCAUCACGGAAUUGAUAUGAGUCACCCCACUCUCGCUUUGACUGUUACUAUUGCUUCCAUUUCCAUCAAAGAAGGGCUUUACUGGAUCACAAAACGUGCAGGAGAAAAACAAGGGAGUGGGUUGAUGAUGGCUAAUGCAUGGCAUCACCGAUCUGAUGCAAUCUCUUCUCUAGUUGCACUUGUUGGAGUUGGAGGUUCUAUUCUAGGAGUUAAUUUCUUAGAUCCCCUAGCUGGUCUUGUUGUCUCGGCAAUGAUUUUCAAAGCUGGACUGGAAACGGGACACCAAAGUGUAUUGGAACUGGUAGAUGCUGCUAUACCAGCUCAACAAUUAGAGCCAAUAAGACAGACCAUAUUACAGGUUGAAGGAGUCAAGGGAUGUCAUCGGCUAAGGGGAAGGAGAGCUGGUUCAUCGUUGUAUCUUGAUGUACACAUCGUGGUAGAUCCAUUUUCUAGUGUGAGUGUUGCGCAUGAGGUAGGAGAAUAUGUACGGGGGCAGAUCAAUAAAAACCAUCCUCAAGUGUCUGAAGUUUUCAUUCAUAUAGAUCCAGCUUUCUUACAGUUUUCUAGUAGCAUGAUGGAUCAUGAUAGUAUAAAAAAGGAAAGUAAUCAAGAAAGUAACAUAUGCAAAGAGAUUAAACAUGUCGAAGCUACUGUCUCGGAAAUUUUUUCAUCACAGUUCUCUGAGAAAAUGAUGAUUAAACGAGUUACACCCCACUUGUUGCAUAGCAAGAUCUUGCUCCAAAUCGAAGUUGCGAUGCCAUCAACCAUGACAAUACAGGAGGCCAUGAGAGCCGCUGAAGAUGCAGAGAAGGAGAUUCUGAAGGCAGUCUCAAAUGUGGCUCGUGUCAGCAUUCAGCUUAGUCUCAAGAACUCCCUGCCUCAAUAA